AUGCUGAGAUUCGUGGUUGUUUGCGCCCUUGUGGCUAUCGCCUCUGCUGCUCCUGCAGCUCAGGAACAGCAAACUUCACUCUUCGAAGAUGCUUACAAUCUGUAUAGCUCGUGCUCGUCCGAAGCUGAUAUUGCUGUCUGUCUGAAGCUUAAAGCUCUUGGAUACGUCGACAGGGUUUCCAGGUCGGCACAAAUCGACCUUAUUGAUGGAUUGAAAAUCGUUCAGAAUGAAGAAGGCAAAAGCCGCGCCGACAAUGCCAGGUCGUUGAACGAUAUCGAAGCUACAUUGCCUACCGAGCCAGAAGCUAGGGAAUCAGCUAUCAACGAAGCUCUUGUUGACAGAGUUGCCCGUUUCCUAUCUACUCACACCGUUGAAUUAAGUAUGCCCGAGGAAGUCUCCCGUUCUCUUGGCGAAGCUCGUGGCAAGAAGAAGAAGAUCGUUAAAUCGCUACUGCCUCUUCUCCUUCUGCUGAAAUUGAAGGCUGCCGCACUUAUCCCCAUCGCUCUUGGUGGACUCGCCCUUCUUGCUUUCAAGGCUCUCGUUAUCGGCAAAAUUGCUCUGAUUCUCAGCGCCGUGAUUGCCCUGCAAAAACUCUUUGGAAACAAGCACCAAAGCUAUGAGGUUGUUACCCAUGAUGUACCACACCAUCACGACGAGCACCACAGCAGCGGUUGGGGACGAUCACUCGAGAUGGCUUACAGCGCCCAUAAACCUGCCACCGCUUAA